UGUUCUAAUUCUACUAAUUUUAAUAGUUGGAGGCGAAGGAGCAAUUAGUGAAAUUACAUUUGCAGCCUGAAGAUAAAGGGUGGAUGAGUGGGGGUGGUUUGGGGUGGCGUGGUGCAUGCGAGCCAUAGAACCCUGCCACACCUGCACUGCUGUCCGCAGGUCAUUCUACCUUCUCUUCUCGUCUCACUCAAAAGCCAGAGGCACCAAAAUAGAUUUUUUUGUCACUCGUUCGAUGAGAAAGUCAGCAACAAAGUUGUUGAAACUCAAAGGCUGCAUUAUUUGAAACAAUAUCCUGCCUGGUUUGGAAAUUUACGAACCUUUUUAUUUGUAACUUUUGGAAUCGAGUUUGAAAAGAUGACGGAGAUAACGCGUUCCAAUUACCAAGAAUUGCUCCCUGAAAUUAAUGAACAAAUUAAAAAUGCAACCUUCAUAAGCUUUGAUGCUGAAUUUUCUGGACUCGGCCCUCCCUCUGGGGGAAUUCGCACAUCACUAUUUGAUAGCGGUGCAGAACGGUACCAAAAAUUACGUAGCAUCGUAAUGCAAAACACAGCUCCUCAGAUUGGCUUCUGUAUUUUCCGUAAAACUGACGAUGAUGCUGCUAACGUAUAUCAUGUCGAUGGAUACCAAGCAUACGUUUCUGAACCAUGUUUCGCAAGUUUUAACAACACGAAUAAUGUCGUUUUAUCCCUGGAAUAUAAAUGUGCCAAAUUUUUGAGACAGUGCAAUUUUGAGUUCAAUGCGCUUAUCGAAAGAGCCGUACCUUAUCUAAAUUCCAAGAAAACUAGGGAUCUUACAGUGUAUUUUAACCAGCAUCCUGACUUUAUAUGGAAGCACCCUAACCGUUAUUUUGAUAAAACAUUUUUCCCAGAGUCUGAAAGAGCUGGAAAACAUUGUUACACAUCAGAGGAUAAAGUAAACAUUGUAAAACGGCUGAGGGGAUUGUCGCAAAUAGUUGAUGUUAUCCGGGAGCACAAAAUCCCUUUGGUUGGGCACAAUUUUGCAUUGGACCUGCUAUAUUUCUUCAGAAUGUUCUGCACAGAGUUACCAGGUAAUGACUAUGAUACAUUCAAGAGUUUGGUUGGCAACUUCCUCCCUCACGUGUAUGAUACAAAGUUCAUGGUUCUAAGCUGUAGGAAACUCUUACAUAGUCACCCAGCGUAUAAGAAUAAUCAAGACAAGGACAAAUUAGAAUCAAGCAGUUUAUUUACAGCAUUUCUAAAUACGACCGUGAUAGGUGAUCGGUUUUGUCCACAUGUGGAGAUGAACUCUACAUGUGUCCACUUUGAAAAAAGUUUGCAAAUCGGGCGAGAGUCUGAUUUAGAGGUUGACAAGAACGACCUGGUACAUAGUCCUGGAUUUGAUUCAUGUAUCACUGGGAUUUUGUUUCUUAACAUUAGCCAUAUUGCAGCUAGAAUUGAUAAAAAUUUUGAGCGAAGGACCGGUCCCCCUACUCUUUCCGAACUCUUGGAAAACGUCCAGUCAUGGAAAGAUCAAGUUUUUAUUUCCCGUGCAGCCGUGCUGGCAAUGUAUCUUAGUGGAAAUGAUCCAAAACCUUGUAGACCAAGAUGGACUGAAGCCACGAUUAUGCAGAAAAUUAACUUUCCCGUUCUAAAGGAGUCCUUACUGAAAUUAGGUCCAGUAGACAUUGAGAAAAUAAACGAUUACUCAUUCCGAUUUGCUGCUGCAGGUGGUAAAUGUGCAAGACAAAUGAAGAAACUGCUUACGGAUGAAGGAUACAAAAUUAAAAACAUCAAUAUUCCUUACAACAAAGAAAGCUAUGCGGUAUCUGGAGAAUUGAAACAGGAUGGAGUGUAUGACCGAUCCAAGCUGUUGGGAUAACUCAGUGUUUACGUUUGUUAUGCACAUAUGUAUUACGGCGUUUUCUGAAUGAAAUAAAAUGUAUAUCAUUAGCCGUA